AAAACCUGCAAUAAGCAAGGUCCUUGUCGUUCUCUGUGUUGUCUCUCCCACCAACUCGCGAGAUAACCCAGUUGAACUCACAAAGGAGAAAGGGGAAGGGAAAAUGAGUCUGGAACCGUUUAUUUACAGCUUCGUGGCUCGAGGAACAAUGAUCUUGGCCGAGUACACUGAGUUCACUGGGAAUUUCCCAGCCAUCGCAACUCAGUGUUUGCAAAAACUCCCUUCUUCUAAUAACAAGUUUACUUACAACUGUGAUCACCAUACCUUUAAUUUUCUUGUUGAAGAUGGUUACGCUUAUUGUGUUGUUGCCAAAGAUUCCGUUGGAAAGCAAAUCUCUAUUGCAUUUUUGGAACGUAUGAAAGCAGACUUUAAGAAAAGAUACGGGGGUGGAAAAGCUGAUACAGCUAUUGCCAAAAGUCUUAACAAGGAGUUCGGACCAGUUAUGAGGGAGCACAUGAAAUAUAUUAUCGAACAUGCUGAAGAAAUCGAAAAGCUAUUAAAGGUGAAGGCCCAAGUUUCGGAAGUUAAAAGUAUAAUGUUGGAGAAUAUCGACAAGGCGAUUGAUCGAGGAGAAAACCUAACCACACUUGCUGACAAGACCGAGAAUCUACGUGAUCAGGCCCAAGCAUACAGGAACCAAGGGAUGAAAAUCCGUCGUAAGAUGUGGUAUCAAAACAUGAAGAUAAAGUUGGUGGUUCUCGGAAUCUUGGUUCUUCUAAUCCUUGUAAUCUGGCUUUCGGUUUGUCACGGAUUUGAUUGCACCAACUAAGUUAUGUCCUUGAGCAUUGCAGAGAAGUAAGCUUUGUUGUGACAUACACCGAAUGUGCUGUUUCGAUAUUGAGAGGAUUGGAAGGAUUGUUCGGUCAAGCGUAAGCUUUUUCAUAUCGUCUUCGGUGGUGAGUUGGUAUAGGGAGGUUUUACGGCUCAUUGAAACACCAAAACAAGAACAGAGGGAGAAUUCAGUACCAUGUUUUAUAUACUUAGUGGCAUCGUCUGAAGAAAAAACAAAAUGAUACUUUUGGUUCUUGGUUCUUACUUUUUUAUUCUAUAGCAAUGGAACUUUACAAAGAAGAAUAUUUUUAAUAUAAUGAUAUUGAUGAAUGACUAACUCAUGUGAAUUGCUUGAAACCGAGUUGGUUGGAUAGUUUUUGAUAGAAGAAAUUGAAUUUGAUGCUCGGUUAUUCGAGUUAUUCGA